AGGGAGGGAGUUGCUCUCUGGUAAUAGCAGAGGAACGUGAUACUGGGUGAAAACGCACCGACAGCAUCCUCAUUGAUCGGAGCCUGACCCUUUCUGCUUAACGUUGGUUUCUUUGUCAUCAGGUCUGCUAGAAAAUGACAGAAUAUAAACUUGUUGUCGUUGGAGCUGGUGGUGUAGGCAAGAGCGCCUUGACAAUACAGCUAAUUCAGAAUCACUUUGUGGAUGAAUAUGACCCGACAAUAGAGGAUUCCUACAGGAAGCAAGUAGUAAUUGAUGGAGAAACCUGUCUCUUGGAUAUUCUUGAUACUGCAGGUCAAGAAGAAUACAGCGCAAUGAGGGACCAAUAUAUGAGAACUGGGGAAGGCUUCCUGUGUGUAUUUGCUAUAAACAAUACAAAAUCUUUUGAAGAUAUUCACCAUUAUAGAGAACAAAUAAAGAGAGUGAAAGACUCUGAAGAUGUCCCAAUGGUGCUAGUAGGAAACAAAUGCGAUUUGCCUUCCAGAACAGUAGAUACAAAACAAGCUCAGGAUUUAGCAAGAAGUUACGGAAUUCCUUUCAUCGAAACAUCAGCAAAGACAAGACAGGGUGUUGAUGAUGCCUUCUAUACGUUAGUUCGGGAAAUCAGAAAACACAAAGAGAAGAUGAGCAAAGAUGGUAAAAAGAAGAAAAAGAAGACAAAGACAAAGUGUAUAAUUAUGUAAAUACAAUUUAUCCUUAUUUUUAAGAAGUACUUAAGUAAUUUUUGUACAUUACACUAAAUUAUUAGCAUUUGUUUUAGCAUUACUUUACUUUCUGCUUCAUGAUCCUGUUAGCUUUACCUGAAUGCUUGUUUUAAAUGACAGUGGAAACAUCAUUCCUCUUGAAGUGCCAGUAUUCUUUGACUGUUGGUUCUUGAACUAGCAAUGCCUGUGAAAAAAACAAAGCAAAACAAAAAAGACAAAAAAAAACACACACAAAAACCUGAGAACUGUCUUAGGACUCUUUGGUGCAUGCACAGUUGCUAACUUCUUAUUUUUCUUACUGAUUGUGAACUUCUGUUCUGUGUGCAAACCAAACAAUGAAAUGAUGCUCUACAUAUUCUAACAUCCCCUUUAAUUUUUUGGUUUUUAAAUCUGAUUGGGAAAAAGGACUAGUUAGCAAAAGAGACUUUCAUUUCAGCCUUUCUUUUAUUUUAGACUGACUGCAAUAUAGAGAGACCAGAAGCCUUUAUAGUCUUCCUGUAGAUUUUGCUUCUAGGCAUCUAGUCUUGUAGCAUUUCAGAUCAACUUUAAUGAAUGUAAAGAUAGAACUUUCACAAAAAAAAAAAAAUCACUGCGAUUUGUCAUGGUCACUCCUUAAAUACUCUAUUUUUUCUAUAAAAAGAAAAGAAAAAAUAA